AGGCAAAGCUGAGCCCUGGAGAGGGCAGGAGGCAAGUGGGCUGCCCACGGCUGAGCGGGUGUGCAGGACCAGGCAGCACAGCAUGGCAUAGCAUGACAUGACACAGCGCAGCAUGGCAUGGCUCAGCAUAGCAUCAUAUGGCACAACACAGCAUGGCAUAGCGUGGCAUGGCACAACACAGUAUGGUAUGGCACAGCACAGCAUGGCACAGUAUGACCUGACGCUAUAUGGCACAGCGCAGUGGAGCAGAACACGAGUGCAGAGGUCACAUAGCAACAGGAAGCUGCAGCAAAGGGAAUUCUCCUCGGAGCAAUCACACAAACAACACUGGCAGUGUGAAGGCACUGAAAGUUAUUAUGGUCCUUGCUUGACCAAAAGAAGGCAGGAUUUGAAGGAAUGUUUGCAGACCGGAGGCUUGCCUGCAUGUGGUCUCCACAUUGGCUCAGAUUAUUCCUCUGUGGGAUGGUUACCUGGUACUGAAUCCCUGUGGCAGUCCACAACCAUUGCGUCAAGCAGUCAAAGCAAUCCUGUAAGAAGACACAGUAUAGCUUCCGACAGCGGGGACACUGGGAUUGGUACCUCCUGUUCUGAUAGUGUGGAAGAUCAUUCAACUUCAAGUGGUACAUCCUCGUUUAAGCCCAGCCGAUCACUGGUUUCUAUUCCCACUGCCCAUGUGAUGCCGUCUAAUGCCAGCUCUUCACUUUCCAAACACAGGGAAGCUUUCAAGUCUGAUGGCUCUAAAUGGAGUACAAGCUUUGUACGGUCAGGAGGAGGCAGAAAUCCAGAUGCCCUGGACAAUUCUCUUGACAUGAAAGCUGCAAGACCUGUAAGAAAAUGGUCCUCCUUGUCUAAACUCAGCUCACCAAACACCUUCAGCCAAGAUGGCGGUAAUCAUUCAGUGGACUCGAGGGCUGGUAUGGACAAAGCUGUAUCACCACCAUUAAGGACAAAUGGGCCAAAUUGUUUGCAUGACAGCAUGGAAUUGCUAAAAAUUGAGGACAAGGAAAUAGGGAAAAAACGGUCUUCUCUACUGGACUGCAAAUACAAAUUUGAAACAUGCAGCAAAGAUGAUUUUGUUUCAGAUUCCUCGAGUAGGAGACAUGCCUUAGACUUGACCUACAGUGCCUUACCUGAAAGCAAACCUGUGGCAGCCAGCUGUGAAGCUUUUGGACAGAGAUAUACAACCUUGGGACAACAGGCUGUGAGUGGAGCUCCCAUACAGCCAGCAGUGAGGACUCAAAUGUGGCUUAAAGAACAGUUACGGUCAAAUCCUUUGGACUGCAGGACUGCAGAAGAGCCCUACGGUGUAGCUGCAUGGCAUGUGCAGCAGCUUGAAGACUUCAGGCCAGGAGGUGAAGAGCCUGUGCAGGUUCCGACUGGAACAUCUCGUCAGAGUUACCCUGCUACCACAUAUCAGGACUUCAGCAACUGGGAAUCUCUAAUGAAAAUUAAAGAGGGGCUGCUAAGACAGAAAGAGAUUGUGAUCGAUCGGCAAAAGCAGCAGAUUAACAAUUUACAUCAGAAGAUAAGAGAGAAUGAAUUACGAGCUCAACAUGCAAGACUGAGCCAUCUUGUGAACUGCGAAGAACCGUACAUGACUAAUUUGCAGCAACCGCAGUAUGAGAGUGCAUCACUGCAACCUCACGUUUCAGAAAGAUCAACAUCCCACCUUGAGGAGCUUGAGCGAAAGAUUGCAGUGGCUGAGAAUAAGGAGUUACAACUCAGUGAAUUUCUAAAGCAGAUUUCAAACAAAUCUAGCGAGGAGAAAAAGAAGAUGGAAGAAAAACUUAAAACAAGAGACCGCUAUAUUAAUAGCCUGAAAAAGAAAUGCCAGAAAGAGUCAGAGCAAAACAAAGAAAAGCAGAGACGAAUUGAAACCUUAGAAAAAUACCUGGCUGACCUACCAACGCUGGAUGAUAUAGAAGGUCAGACUAAACAGCUGCAAGUUCUAGAGGAGAAGAACAAGCAACUUCAAGAAACUGUGACUGAGUUGGAAAAGAAACUUGGAGAGGCUCGAUCUCAGUGUAGAGAGAGAGAAAUGCAACUGAUGUGUCAGAAGAAAAAAGAAAAAGAGCUGGUUACGACAGUGCAGAGCUUGCAACAGAAAGUAGAAAAAUGUCUGGAAGAUGGUAUUCGCCUUCCCAUGUUGGACACAAAACAGCUUCAGAGUGAGAAUGAAUGUCUCAAAGAAAAGAAUGAGAAAGCCAGUAAGGUCAUAGACAAUCAACGAAAACAGAUAGAGGGACUGAUUUUAGACAUGCAGUCUAUGCAAGAAAGGCUUUUGCAAGAAAAGAGGACAGUUCUGAAGAUGGCAAAUGAGCUUGAAGAAAAAGAAAGAAAUAUAGAACUGUUAAAUAAAACUGUCUCUGAAAACCAAAGACUGAUGGAAGAAAAUGCCUCUCUGAAGGAGCAGAUACGGCAGGUGGAACAGUCCCGGCAACCAGUGUCUGAAAAGAUGCCUGUAGCAGACCAGUUGUUCAAGGAAAUGUCCCAUUGCUUGUUUGACUUGAAAGCUCUGUGCAGUAUUCUUACCCAGAGAGCUCAGGGCAAGGAGCCUAACCUUUCCUUACUUCUGGGCAUCAGAUCACUGAACUGUUCAGCUGAAGAGAAUGAAAAUUAUCACAGUACAGAGACUCUUUCGAAGAAGCUCUUGGACGUUUGUCAGUUACGAAAGGAUAUUGAUGAAUUAAGGACGAUAAUGUCAGACCGUUAUGCUCAGGACAUGGGGGACAAUUGCAUCACUCAGUGACAACAUUUCAUCUAGUAGCAAAUGACUUAUUAAAUGCUGCUGUGUCACAGGUCUUUGCAUUUCUAUUAAGGAGCCAUAUUGGAAGAUAGCAAAUACCACUGCACAUGCCUCUCUGUGAGGAUCAUGCAUAUGUAGUCUUGGGAACCGGGUGGGGAGGGGAGAGUCAUGGUUUGAACAGAGUAGUACAGACUUCAAGAAGUCUUUCUUUUCUCCAAACUACUGAAUGUAGGAACAAGCUGUGAAGAAUGUUUCAGUUGGAUUCUCUUGUCUCCUUCAUUGGGGCUCAUUUUGUUGCUUCAACUAGUUUCUGGAGUCAGAGCAUUGGAACAGCUAUGCUGCUACUACUCUCAGUCCUUUCCUUCUUCAAGGGUUUGUGUGGCAUUACCUGCAUUCUGAAAUAAGUGCGGAGAGUCGAACGACCUUUGGCUGUAUGUGGUGAAGAUGGGAGCUUCGAAAAACUUCACUUAGCUGUAGGAACUGUGGUUGGAACCGUCCUAGAAUGCUACAAACAGUAAUUGCUCUUCAAGUUGCCUGAAGAAUUUGCUACAGGAGAUAUCUUGCUUUUAGUAGUAAUGGAUGUCUAGCUUGUUUGCCGAAGAAUGGAAGAAAAUCAACUUUCACUUCCUUUAUUCACAUGAAGCCCAUAAAAUUUAAGCAUUAUCAUGUUGCUUUUAGGAGUCUCAGUAACAUCAGGUCUGUAACAAGCCCAAAGAAACUGGGAGGCGUGAAACUGCAGUGUAGUACAUGGCUGUCCAAAAAGAAUAGACUGUAUUUUAGUGUUCAUACCAUAAUUACUUUUUUCUUCUGUCAUCUCCCUUUUUAAAUGUGGCUUCUCUGUAUCUAUAUCCCUGGAGACCUCUCAUGAGGUUGUAAAGAACCUCAACCAUUCUUUACUGCAGCUGCAAAAUGAGCGCUAGGCAUUUGGCAAAAUCAGGGCUCAAAACAGAAUGUCUCCUCUUACCAGUAUUAAAUUCUCAGUUAUCCAAGGACUGCAAAGUUUUCGACAUUGUUUGGUAAUUCUUGAUCUCUCCUUUCUUGUAGGAAGGGAUUACCUUAAAAAAAGGUCAUAUUCCAUAGUUUAUUCAGUGUCACUUGACAGUGCUACUUCACUUCUGUGGGGCAGAUAAAAUAUUAACACUUUCACUUUCCUGGAACAGUACUGAAAGUUAUCUAAAGAGUUGUGCAUGGUGUAAAAUAGUAUUUAACUGAAGGAAACAAAAACUCGUAAUGAGCAAAACCACUCUCAAAUCACAUUAUCAAGAAAAUAUAUGGCCUUUGGUCAUAUUAUGUGGUAUUAAAGUUUCAAGUGGCUAAGGUGCAAGUCAGUCUGCUGACCUGUAACAUGGAUAACAGCAGAAAUCACUUAGCAUAGAGGUUAGAAUUGUGUAAAUUCUAGGGUAACAUUUUUAUAGCAGAAGUUUUCUGAUGAUAUCUAUUUUAAUAGAAAAGAAAAUGGUUAUAGCAAUGUAGGCUGAAUUUACUAAUUUUAACUUGGUGUUUUGCUUUCUGUUCAUUGUUAUGCAGUUACUGUUAAUGUGUUCAUAAUUUUGUGAUUUUUUUUUUUUAGCUAUAAUGACUAAUUUAUUUGACACUUUUCUCUAUCAUGAACCUACACCUGGACUAAUCUGUGAAAAAUGGUGUUACAAUGUAUAUUGUUGCUACGCUGUAUUUUCAGAUAGAUUAAUCUGACUGGCCCAGCUCCUGUGGGCACUAAAACACUUAGAUUAAAUCUCAAGAGAAAUUAAAUUGCCUGGUAUCUCUGCUCUAAGGUUGAAGGAAAAAAAAAGGCCAUUUCAUUUUAAAUUGUUGAAUGCUGUUCUUUCUAUAGUUUUGAAAGUGUACUGUUAUACUAGUGCAAAACUGAAAACAAGGAUCUUUGCACUGAUUUUCCUGUGUCUCUUGACAUAAAAGCAUUGGCUUUUUUGAUGAGGGCCACAGCCAGUUCCUUUGGUGUGGUUCAGUGGUUUUGGCCCUGCAGUGAGGGGAUAGUCCCCAGUCUACGGCUUCUGUCUGGUAUCAGAAAUUCAGCAACAGGAUUUCAGAUAAUAAACUAGAAAUACUAGAGAGAAAGUGAACACCAGAGUAGCACGCUGUUAUUUCCUUAGAAGGAAAUGUAGUACUUAUAAAAAUUACCAAGCAACACAUUGUCCUAAAUUUUGUGGAAAUAAAACAUUUAGUAGAUAAUUAGAUAGGAACAGGAGGUUUUUUGAGUCCCUUUGUCCUGUUGUGUUGUCACUUGACUGGUGUGGCUCCACUGUCUCACCUGUUGAAUGUACUGCAGAGUUGAGAUCAGUAAUUUAUUAUUUGCAAAGCACUUCAGGAGCUGUGAUGCUCUGUAAGUAUUAGUUGAAAAUCCCUCAGGAAGGAGGUCCCAUUUUAUUUCAAUACUUUGAUUGCAAUGCUGUAAUCUUGCGUUUUAAUAUUUUUUUAGGGAACCCGUGAUAUUUAUGUUGACUUUAAAGCACUUGGUUGUUGGGUUGUUGUUGUUGUUUGUUUUGUUUUAAAUAUAUAUAUAUCAAUUGAGUUUACCUGCCUCAGUCAGAUUAAAGUAGGGCUGUAAAUGGUGGAUGUUUGAGCCAAAGAUGCAGGCUAUCAACUGAAUAUCUACACUGAUACUGUAUUUUGCUUUGGUUUCUUGAAAUUGGGCCUGUUGUAGUAGUAGCAGUUACUAUAUAUGCAUCACUUUACAGAUGCUUCUAAAUGGAAUAAGCUUUGUCUAAGAUAUGCAUGACUGAUUAAUCGGUUAAAAUGUAGUGUGUGUGAUCUCAUUCAGCAUAUUUAAUACACAGUUGAUUAAUGAAUGUUAACAUUGGAAUUGCUUGGAUUUAGUCAUGACAACUUUUUGCUGUGGCUGUUAGACAAUCUCAAGGGCUGAAAAACAACUGCUAAUGAAUGGAUACUCUGCCGUUCUGUUUGUCAGCAAAUUUGUACAGUAAUUUUUUUGUAUAGUUUCAGAUUGAAUUUGUACAAUUAUUUUAGAAGGUAUUUACAGUAACUACUGUAUUCAAGAAUGUACUUUGAAAAAGACUUGGAAAGUCUUGGGACAAGCUAUAUGUGAUGCUGUGUACUUGCUAUGUAGAAGUAAUGCAGCUCAACUGUGUAAACAUGAUUUAGGUUCCUAGCCCCAGUUGUGUCGCUGUAUGGUGCGAUAAUUCUGUGAAAUUGCUGAGAUUGCUGCCAUCAUCCGCUCAGACUUCAACAUUUGAAGCUGCUGGUGGCUGUGAGGUAAUGGCAGGAGCCAAAGUUUUGUCCUUUUCACUUCAAGGUGUUUCUUUCCUUCCUUUGCCCUCACUGCCUGCCUCUUGUUGCAGAUGUUCUUCUGGCAGGGUAAGAGCACAAGGAAAGAAAGAAAACCCUUCCUCUACAGCCCACUUCCCUAGCACUUAUUCCUCUCACUGAUGAUACGUAAGUGGAGUUGCAGAUGUCAUUGGGCUCUUCCCAUUGAUGUAGUGAAUUCUGUCAAGAGAGAGGAGAAGACCUGAAUUAAUCCGCUUUUGUAGGCUGCAAACCGGUCAUUGGUUAUUACUGAAAGGGAUGAUUUAUUCCAGUAGCUCAUUAGCAAUAUUAAUUCCACAGCUGCAUACCUUUGUGCCUUUUUUUUGCCUGAAGUUAAGUAGAAAUUCCCUUUGAACUUUAGAUAAGUUGUUAAAAUGCUGAUGACUGCACCUUGUUUUCCUCUUACCUGCCAAUAUUUUGUUGUUGGGCUUUUGUAGUAAGAACUCUGCGUAAUAUCUAGAAACGUAAGUACUUACAACAGGUACUAGGUGUACGCUCGGAAUGUUAGCCUGCUUGUAGUAUGCAGCUUUCUUGAAUAUGAAGAGUGAGCAGGAAACUCAAAGCAUAAUGUGAUUCUUUUGUGUGUAUUAAUUGCAGUAUAUCAUUAGUUCAGUAGGGAGGAGUGUCAGGAGCUAUCUUUUAAAAGCACAGCUGACAUAUGUACUGGAUCAGUCCCCAAAGACUGGUAGUUGUGUAAAUUGGGUUCAAUUUUUGAACUGCUCAGAAUACCUCAUAUGUAAAUAGAGUUGUCAUGACUUAAUCAAAAUGUGUUUGUUGUAAAAAGUAAAGGAGCCACUGGCUGGCUCAGCUUUAGGCUUGUUGUUCUUGCCUCAUUUUGUAAUUUUUUUAAAGUAGGGUUUACAGCUAGAAUUUUGAAUGCCAAAGUUCUAUUUAUUAAAUAAUAAUAAAAGUUUUCAUUGUUAAUGACUGGUAUUUUUUCACUGGAAUUUGUUUGUUGAUGUUUGGGAUUUGUAUCCACAGAGCAAAAAUAAAUUUUGUUACAAA